GCGAAUCGAUAUUAGAUUGAUCGUCUCUAGGACAUAACAGGCAGUUGCAUCACUUGGGGCGCAUUGCAUUCAUUCCUCCCAUUUAGUCUGCGAUUGGGACAGCGAGUUUCUUCUUUGCGACAAUCUGCACUUAGACUAUAAAAUACCCCACCUCGUUGCCAAAGAGUUGCUUGGACACCGUCUUUUACUGCUCCAGGCGUUGCCGUUACAAAAUAUACAUCUAACCAAGGUCUACUACUCGUACCUCGGUUUUAAUAGCUACAUUGUCAAACUUUUUCGCUGCAUCAUGGCGUCCACAUUCAGCUUCGGGUUUGCGGGGGACGAUAUCGACAUCGAUGACACCGAGGUUAAUGAGAUCAACGAGACGAACAAUAACCAGAGCCUCAAUGCUGGGGCUGCACUGCCGGAGCUGAUUGCGGCUAAGAAGCAUGAUAUGGCUGAGUGGGUCCCGAGUAUCCCCUCGCAAAUCUCAUUCAACAAGCUCAAGCUUGCAACCAAGCCAUCCCAAGAUGGCAACACCGGAAAACCAAUCACGCUUGCUCGUCGGGAAGUGUUCGAUAUCCGGACCCAACUGAUGGCCGAAGACACCUCCGACGAGGAUAACGAGGAGCUGAUUGCCGGUCUCGAGAAAGGCGACAUCAAGCCCAAUUUCUACGAAGGCGGAUUCAAAACGUGGGAAUGCGCCGUGGACUUGGCCAAACUGCUCGUGGACUCCGAGGACGUACCACAGCCCAGUCAAGACCGGCAUAUCAUUGAGCUCGGUGCCGGUACCGCCGUCCCCUCACUCGCGCUCUUCGCGCAACUCCUAUCAGAACCCUCCUCAUCACAACAAAGGACCCAUUUCACAUUCGCGGACUACAACUCCGCUGUUCUUCGUCUCGUCACAUUCCCCAACCUCCUUCUGACCUGGAACUACAUCAUCUCACGUCAGCAAGCGUCUGAUUUGCCAGACGAUGGCGCCGCCGAGGCAGAGGAGGAGGAACUCGACAUCACGCCCGAGCUCGUACAACGCUUCCGGGAGGAUCUCGCCAACCGAGGCAUCACGGUGGAUUUCAUCUCGGGGGCCUGGUCUCCGGCUUUCGUGGACUUGGUGUUUUCGUCUGACCAGAGAGGGAAAGGCAGAACGUUGAUCCUUGCGAGUGAGACGAUCUACUCGCCUGCUUCGCUGUUGGCGUUCUCUGAGACGUUGCUGGCCUUGCUGCGGAGGUCGGUGCAGGAGGGGGCUCAGAGUGGGGCAUUGCUGGCGGCGAAGAAGGUCUACUUUGGUGUUGGGGGUGGGGUGGAUGAAUUCCUUGCGGUGCUGGGAGGGGUGAGUGGGAGUGAGGAAUUGAAGGUGGAGGAACGAUUGGAUAUCAAGUCUGAGGGUGUUGGGAGAGUGGUCUUGGAGAUUGCUCUUAAGCAGUAGCGGGAGCUUAGAUAAACAUGCAAUCUGAUUGGUUCAGCGGGUGAUCACGAGCAAUGGAGCCAAACCUGAUCGACACAGGGACCUACAGUACCCCGUAUCAUUCGCACUCCGAGAUACUUGAGAUGGUUGCUUGCUUGCUAGACUAUAGAGGCGAACAAAAGCAACAGACGAC